CCACAUGUUUUCUGCAGGCGACGUUUUGUUUCGUCUUAUACCAUGUGAAACCAUUAUACGUCCCUGGUAAAACGCAACAAUAUUUUCAGAAAACGUAAUAUAUAUGGUGAAGUUUAGUCUUUUUGAGGUAAACCUAAAUGACGUUACAUAUACAAAUACGUGUACAAGUCAGAGUUGAAUAAUCUGAUGAAUAAUACAACUUAAAGCACGGUAGCUUAAGCUUUGGCUUUAACCUUGAUUUCAAUUAGAUGUGAGUAAACAUGUCUUCUGAGCAUCAGAUACCUCAACUAGAAAACAUAUUGAAGGACCACAAAAGGGGUUUCAGACACGAAUAUGAUAUUUUCUUAAGCAGAUUGGGGGAUCCCAACAUUGCGUCUGCACAACUUAAAGGGUACAUUCAGUCACUGAGGGAUUGUAUCACUCUACUGGAUAAGGAUAAUGAAAUUCUUGUUGGAGUUCUGUUGAAAGUAGAUUGGAUGAGGAAGGAGCCAGAUGUGGUCCUGGAAUAUCAGACCCUUCUACACAAUCUUGUGUCAGCACACACUUAUUAUCUUCGUGCAGGGCUACGCAUGCUUGUCAAAUACUUUCUACCAAAAAUUUCAGAGAAUUCCAAGAAUUCCUCCACAGAUAAUGUGGUAAUAGACAGUCAGCAACUUCAGGACCACGAGAAAAGCUUCAUCAAUGUCCAUUUGGUGAUAAAAGCCAUAUCUAACAUUGUACCAAUGAGCCCAACAGUAUUGAUGCCUCUCCUUAGUGAUUACUUCCCUUACAUGACAAAGGACACGUAUCUACAGGAGUGCUAUGUCAAGAAUCUCCUUCAGAUCACUCAUUACAUGCCCAAACAGAGACCAGCCAUACUAGAACUCAUCGUUGACCGCAUGCUGAAAUUGGAUGUACGCUCCCCUAAACAUGAGAUUGCAGAAGCAGAAGAAACUGGAGAAGAGGAUAACAUAAUAUUUGAUAUGGAUGAACCUUGUACAACUCAGGAAGUGUUAUCACCAGAUGCUGGAUAUCGCAGUGGGUACUUUGAAAAAGAAACAGCUAAGCCCAUGAAUCACAAGGAGGCUGAACGUCUCGAUGUAAUGAUGGAUCUGGUGCUUAAAUACAUACAACAGAUAUGUUUCCAUGAGGGUCAGUUGAAGUGGGAAGCUGCCAAGACGCUGUACCGGGAACUUCUUCUGGUGUUUGACCGUCUCAUUCUACCUACCCAUGCCUCUUGUCAUGUCCAGUUUAUCAUGUUUUCUCUGUGUGCUAUAAAGCAGCCAAUCUGUGAAGGGUUUUUGGAUUUCCUGUGGAAGAAAGUGCAGGACCCUAACACACAGGGUGUAUAUCGCCAGGCUAGUGUAUCCUACAUAGGAAGCCUGUUGUCUCGAGGACUUUUUGUACCUAUCAGUACUGUGACAGCCUGUCUAGGGUUGAUGUGUGACUGGGUACACAAGUACUUAGACCAGGUGAACAUGGACUGUGUACAUGCUGAUGUCUGCCACCACGGACCUUUCUAUUCUGUUUGUCAGACUAUUUUCUAUGUGUUUGUGUUCAGAAGUAAAGAGCUAUUUGAAAUGAAAAAAGGAUACAAAUGGGCAGAAGGCUUAAAUUUUCAGAGAAUUGUGACAAGUCGCCUCAAUCCACUGCGAGUGUGUCUGCCCGUUAUUGUAAAGUCAUUUGCCUCUGUAACGAGAACACAUCAGUUAGCUUUCUGUGAUACAAUUAUAGAGAAAAAUAAUCGUUGUUUCCUGCCAUCAUCAUCUGGAGGAACAGGAGACCUAUUGAAUGACGCAUUUCCCUUUGAUCCUUACAUACUACAUCGGUCAAGAAAGUUCAUCGAGCCUCAUUACAGGGAAUAUCAAGGCAAUGUUGUACAGGAGGAUAACGACUCAGAAGAUGAAGAGGACGACUUUAUAACAGACGAUAUUGUGUCUGCAAAAAACUCUAUCCCGGUGUUGUCAGCAGGGAAAGCUUCCGCAGACUUUAUGGCAUAUAGUGUUUCCCCAGGAUUUAAACAAACACAGGACUGGCCACAGAGCAUGGAAGGAUGAUGAAUAACUACGUUGUGUGUAAUAAGACGAAGACUUAAUCUGAAGCUGAUUAUUUAGACAGGUGAUGGGAUCAGCUAUUGAGUGCGAAGGAUCAGAGGCAGUGAUUGGAACAGCUGUUGAGUUUGACGGAUAGCAUGGAGGUGAUUGGAAUGGCCAAUGCCUAUGAUGAAUAUCAUGGGGUUGAUUGGUAGGAAGUGAUUGAUUGAAAGUGAGUUUGAUGAAUAGCAUGGAAAGUGAUUGAUUGAAAGUGACUUUGAUGAAUGGGAUGCUCUAUUGGUCUGGGAAGGGUGAGGGGUGUCGAGAUUUUAAGUUUGAGGCUUCAGUGAGUGUAGUGAAGGGGAGUGGGUGAUGAUAUAAAGAGAUAUCUUAAUCCAUUAUUUGUACCUAGUGUUCUAGAUGACCAGUAAUGCUAUUUUUUUUAUCCCAGGGAGUGACUGUCAGUGAUUAUAAUGAAGGGGAGGUAAAGGUAAUGUUAGGAGAUGAUCCAUUAUUUGUACCUAGUGUUCUAGAUGACCAGUAAUGCUAUUUUUUUUUUUCCCGGGGAGUGACUGUCAGUGAUUAUAAUGAAGGGGAGGUAAUGAUAAUGUUAGGAGAUGAUCCGUUAUUUGUACCUAGUGUUCUAGAUGACCAGUAAUGCUAUUUUUUUUUUCCCGGGGAGUGACUGUCAGUGAUUAUAAUGAAGGGGAGGUAAUGAUAAUGUUAGGAGAUGAUCCAUUAUUUGUACCUAGUGUUCUAGAUGACCAGUAAUGCUUUUUUUUUUUUUUUUCCCGGGGAGUGACUAUCAGUGAUUAUAAUGAAGGGGAGGUAAUGAUAAUGUUAGGAGAUGAUCCGUUAUUUGUACCCUCAGUGUUCUAGCUGACUAGCAAAAUUGUUAUUUAUUAAAGUUUUUAGGGCAAGAUGUUUGCAUAGAAUGCCACUCUUCACCCAAAAUUAUUUUAAAUUUAUUUCUGAAAAUAUAUAUCUUUGUGAUUUUUUAUCCUGAUAUUAGGAAGGUAACCCCUUAAUAAUUUGCAGAAAUGACAUUGCAGCAUAUUUCUGUUAACAAACAAUUCUAUUUUUUUUUUUUAUGAAAUAAAUAAUUAUUUCUGUACUGAU